AUGGGGGACCUAGGCCGCCCGGCCCCCUGCAGCCCCCCGCGGGACCCUGAGCGGGCACCCCACAGUCUGAGUGCCCUGCACGUGUCCUACAGCGUCAGCCACCGCGUGGGGCCCUGGUGGCACCUGGCAUCCUGCCGGCAGCGUCGUGAGCGGCAGAUUCUCAAGGACAUUUCCCUCUACGUGGAGAGCGGCCAGCUGAUGUGUGUGCUGGGGGGCUCAGGCUCGGGCAAGACCACCCUGCUGGACGCCGUGUCCGGGCGGCUGCGCCGACGCUCCGGCUCCUGGGCCGGGGAGGUGCGGGUCAGCGGCUGGGCACUGCGGCGCGCCCAGGUGCGGGACUGCUGCUCCUACGUGCUGCAGAGUGACGUGCUGCUGAGCGGCCUGACCGUGCGGGAGACGCUGAGCUUCACGGCACUGCUGGCCUGCCGCGGGGGCCCCGCCCGCUCCCUGCACAAGAAGGUGGAGGCGGUACUGGCCGAGCUGAGCCUGAGCCAUGCGGCGGACCACCUGGUGGGCAGCCACAGUGCCGGCGGCAUCUCCAAGGGUGAGCGGCGCCGCGUGUCCAUCGCUGCCCAGCUGCUGCAGGACCCAAAGAUCAUGCUGCUGGACGAGCCCACCACGGGCCUGGACUGCUCCACCGCCAACCACAUCGUGUCCCUCCUGGCCGAGCUGGCCCACAGGGGCCGCGUCGUGGUGCUCACCAUCCACCAGCCCCGCUCCGAGCUCUUCCAGCUCUUCGACAAGAUCGCCAUCAUGAGCUGCGGGCAGCUGGUCUUCUGCGGGAGCCCGGGGCAGAUGCUGGAUUUCUUCGACAGCUGCGGCUACCCGUGUCCCGAGCACUCGAACCCCUUCGACUUCUACGUGGACCUGACGUCGGUGGACACCCAGAGCUCAGAGCGGGAGCUGGAGACCCUCAGGAGAGUGAGGGCCAUCGAGCAGGCGUACAGGGCCUCAGCCGUGUACCAGCAGACCCUGGCGAGCAUCGAGGGUGCGAGUGGCCCCAACGCCCGCCCGGCCAUUCCCUUCAAGGCCAGGGACGCCCCGGGAGUCCUCUCCAGGCUGUGUGUCCUCCUGAGGAGGGUGACGCGGAACCUGAUGCGGAACAAGCUGGCCGUGGUCAUGCGCCUGACCCAGAACCUCAUCAUGGGCCUCUUCCUCGUCUUCUACCUCCUGCGCCUGCACGGGGACCUGCUCCAGGGGGCCAUCCAGGACCGCGUGGGGCUGCUGUACCAGCUGGUGGGCGCCAUGCCCUACACGGGGAUGCUGAACGCCGUGACCCUGUUCCCUGUGCUGCGUGCAGUGGGUGACCAGGAGAGCCAGGACGGGCUGUACACGCAGUGGCAGCUGCUGCUGGCCUACGUGCUCCACGCGCUGCCCUUUAGCCUGGCCGCCACCCUCCUCUUCAGCAGCGUGUGCUACUGGACGCUGGGCCUGCACCCCGAGGCCACCCGCUUUGGCAUCUUCUCGGCCGCGUUGCUGGUCCCCCACGUCAUCGGGGAGCUGCUGACGCUCGUGCUCCUGGGCGUCGUGCGCAGCCCCACCGUGGCCAACAGCGCCGUGGCCCUGCUCUGCAUCUCCGGCGUGCUCGUGGGCUCCGGGCUCGUGAGGAGCGUCCAGGACAUGCCGGCGCCGUUCAGGGUCUUCACCUACUUCACCUUCCAGAAGUACUGCACCGAGAUCCUGCUGGUCAACGAGUUCUACGGCCUCAACUUCACGUGCGGCGGUUCCAACAGCUCGGGGCCCGCCACGCCCACGUGCGCCUUCAUGCAGGGCGCCCAGUUCAUCGCCAGCACCUGCCCCGGCGCCGAGACCAGGCUCACGGCCAACUUCCUGCUGCUCUACGCCUUCAUCCCCGCCCUGCUGCUGCUCUCCACGGCCGUGUACGCCCUGCGGGGCCAGCGCCAGGGGAGGUAGCGGCCCCGGCCACGUGCCGGCAGCAUGCACGGCCCUCCCUCCAGAGCCCCUCUCCGAGACCCCCGGGGCACUGCCCUCCCUCCAGACCCCCGGGGCACUGCCCUCCCUCCAGACCCCCGGGACACGGCCCUCCCCUCCCAGACCCGCCUCCCAGACCCCCCGGGGCA